AGACACACUAGACAGCGUUUACCAAACUUACAAGUAUCGGUUUUAAAUUUUAUCUUUGUUUUUUUUUGCAAACUGUGUAAAUUUAACUAAAAACAUGAACUAAGUAGAUACUUUGAAUAUUAUAAUACUAUUUUAGAGCAUUUUUCAGCUCUUUCGAAAUGGAGAAGCUAAACACAGCUUUUAUUCUUGUAUCAUUUUGUGUUUUACUGUGGGGUGUGGCCGGCCAAUACGAAUGGCAAAUACGCGAUUCAUUUGAUGAAAUUAGAAAUAAAAUAGACAAAGUAAAGCCAGAUAAUUGUUAUAUUACGCAUUUAGAUGAUCUAUUUCUGCCCGAGGACUCUGUAUCUCAUCAUCCAGAUGUCAAGGAAAUAAAUAUUAACCCCGUAUUUCCGAACCGCACAGCGUUAUUGCACUUACACAACAUGGCAAUGAAUCGAGCAUUUUUCUGGAGUUACAUUCUACAGUCUAGGUUUAUACGACCAGCAAUAAAUGAUACCUACGAUCCAGGAAUGAUGUACUAUUUUCUAUCAUCCGCUGCGGAUGUGUCUUCGAACCCUUACAUUAAUGCUAGCUCAUUGUACUUUUCACCGAAUAUGUCAUACACAUCUUCGUAUAGAGGAUUCUUCAAUAAGACUAUGCCGAGAUUUGCACCAAGAGCAUUUAGAGCAGAUGACUUCAAUGAUCCUGUGCAUCUACAGAAAAUAUCAACUCUUAACACUUUCUAUGUUGAAGAUUUAGGUGCUUUUGAUCCAGAAAGUUUGUCUAAGGAUUAUACAUCUGAUUUUUAUCGCAUUAAUGAGUGGUAUCAGCUCUGGCUGCCGGAUAAAGUGGAUAAAAGGCAUGACACGAAGACCACCUACCAAGUUGAGAUAAGAUAUGCAAAUAACACAAACGAGACAUUCACAUUCCAUGGUCCUCCUGGCAAUGAUGAAGUACCGGGGCCUGUCAACUGGACAAAGCCAUAUUUUGACUGUGGAAGACUCAACAAAUGGUUGGUGGGUGCAGUUUCUCCUGUUGCUGAUAUUUACCCUCGCCAUACACAGUUUAGACACAUUGAAUAUCCAACAUAUACAGCAGCAGUGGUCAUGGAAUUGGAUUAUGACAGGAUAGAUAUAAAUCAGUGUCCACCUAGCCAAGGAAAUGACAAACCGAACAGAUUUGCAUCUACAGCACGGUGUAAAGAAGAAACCACUGAGUGUGAACCUCUACAUGGCUGGGGAUUCCGUCGUGGUGGCUAUCAGUGCAGAUGUCGCCCUGGGUACAGGCUACCAAGUAUUGUGCGCAGACCUUAUCUCGGGGAAAUUAUUGAGAGGGCCACAUCUGAUCAAUAUUACAACAACUUUGAUUGUACACCUAUUGGAUGGAUCCAACGUCUACCAGUCCAAUGGGACAAGGCCCAUCCAUUCAUAAGAGCAAUAUAUGCUGACAGAUAUUAUGAGUAUGUGAACUCGACAAGUGGGCCAGCUUCUCUUCACACUGAAAAAGUCAAUGUCUAUGAAGUACUCAACUUUAUUAGAGGAGUGCAACCACACAAUUGUUCCAAAUACAACCCUUCUGAUUUGUUCCUCAAUGGCGAUAUAGCGUAUGGGGCAGAAGAGCAAUUUGAAAAUCAAGCCAAGAUGGCUGUGCGACUUGCAAACUUUAUCUGUGCAUUCUUGCAGGUUUCAGAUCCCAAGGAAGUAUUCAGUGGAACAAGAGUGGCAGACAAGCCUCUCACUGAGGACCAGAUGAUUGGAGAGACCCUGGCGAUAGUGCUCGGUGACUCCAAGAUAUGGUCAGCUGGAACAUAUUGGGACAGAAAUAAGUUCACGAACCGCACGCUGUUCGCGCCGUUCGCCUACAAAACUGAGCUGAACACGAGGAAGUACAACGUCGAAGAUCUGGCGAGACUUAACAAAACUGAGGAAAUGUACACCAACAAGCCCUGGUACCAGUUCCUCAAGCAGCGGUGGUCCACUAAUUUCGAUAGCCUGGAGAAGUUCUUCCUCAAGAUGAAGAUUCGUGACGGAGAGAACGGGGAGUACUUGAAACAGUAUGAGAGGUACCCGACUUUCUACCGCGCGGCCCGGCUACAGGAUGGUCACUGGGGUCGCCCCUACUACGAGUGUGAUGGUCACGUGAAACAGUGGGUCAUCUCCUACGCUGCGCCAUUCUUCGGCUGGGAUAGCGUCAAAGUCAAACUCGAGUUCAAAGGCGUGGUUCGUGUAACAAUGCCGCUCAUGUCGUUGGACAUCAACCAGUGCCCCGACAAGUACUACGUGCCCAAUGCGUUCAAGAGCACCGAUAAGUGUGACCGUUCCUCCUCCUACUGCGUGCCGAUCCAAGGUCGCGGGUUCGAGGCCGGUGGGUACAAAUGUGAGUGUCUGCAAGGCUUCGAGUACCCGUUCGAAGACGAGAUCACAUACUACGACGGACAGAUUGUGGAAGCCGAGUUCCAGAACAUCAUUCUAGAUAAGCAAACCCGCAUCGACAUGUUUAAGUGCAGGUUAGCGGGCGCUGCGGGCGUCAAACCCACUUACCUUUCAGUUGGGGUUUUGAUUUUUCUCUAUUUUAAUCGAUAUCGAUAAUCUGACGUUUUGGCAGUGCCUGGGACUGACUAUGUUGACUUUAUCUACUUUUUCGCUUACUAAUUUUUUUCUCACUCUCCUCUAAUAAGAGGGAGCAAAUGGCCGAGUGGCUCACCUAAUGGAAAGUAAAAACUGUGAUUUUUUUUUUGUUUUGUUGUGAUGUCUGAUGCUUUCCACCAUUCGGCUGCUGGACCUAAAAGACUUCACCAAACAUAUUAUGCUGCUCGUAUUAUAUAUAAUAAAAGAUGGAGAGUGUAUAUGUGUGUCCUCUGGUGAGAAUGUGUGCGGCGGUGAUCACUUAACAUCAGACGACCCUUACACUCGUUUGUCCUCCUCUUCCACAAAAAAAAGAAUUAAGCCGAAUCAAGCUUUACUGGUUGGCCAAUUUUUUUUUUCAAUAGUAGAUUGACAAGUGGCACAACACUAUUGAAUUUGUUAAAAGGGCAACUAUAGCAUCUCAAUGCUUAAUAAUGUAUCGAAUGGAAAUCAAAUUAUAUUGAAAGUAAUAAUUAAAAUAACCUUCUUACUAUACAGUUUUUUUAUACAGUUCAAUUGAAAUAACGUGGAGAAUUCAGUCCUUUUUAUAUUAAAAUAAGAUAUAUCAAAAAAAAUCAUAAACAGUUGAUUUUUGUUUGACGAAACUCUUUCUACGAAACAAAUGUUGUUUCUGACCAAACAAUUCAUUUAAUUUGUCUUCAUGUUUUUUAUUGUUUGCAUUAAUUAAUCCUUAUACUAUACUGAUUGUUUAACUUUAAUUAAAUCUAAAAGAAGUCAUUCCGAAAUAUAAAAUAGUCAUUUUGAAUAAGCUGAAAACUAUUCUUAAGGCUGACUCAAAUGCAACAUUAGUUUACACAAUAGUAUGAUAAAGCAGCUAAUACGAUAUCAUUUAGGUUAAAUCUAGAAAUAUAUAAACUUAACAAAUAUUAGGUUUAAAUGUAUACUAACUUCAUGUUCAUGUACAAAAUUAUAUGUUUAAUAUACAGGUUUGUCCAUGAUUAUGAAUAUAGUAUGAACCCUUAAAUAUUAGGAGGUAAAUGACCUACAGCCUGUAUAGCUCGAUGGUUUAGUUGAUAGUGUUGUUCGGUACCCUGACGUGUGUGAUCUGAUCACGUGUUAUGUCACAUCACUAGUGUUGUGGGACAUCACUAGAGCGUGUUCAAAUAUGGCGUCUUUUCAACCGCGGUCGUAAGUCGUAAGCAUAUUAUAUAUUUUGUCGUAUAUAACUUUUGGAAUAAAUAAACAUUUCAUUAGCUUAAUAUGAUGACUGGCAACAUUAUAUUGGUGGCAUUAAGGCGAUAUGAGACUUCUUACUUUGAAAAUUAUGGACUUUCAUACAACCAUUCAACAAUUAUUUUAUCCCCUUAGUGAUGAAAUUUCCAACAAUUCUUUCUUAAAGCUGACUUACACUACUUGAAGGAAA